AUGAUCGAUUUGGGUGCCUCUCAGCCGGAGGCCGUACCUUCUUUUGGAGAAAUACCCGGAGAAGGAUCUUUGAGGGGCGUCUCGAUGGAACUUGUUGAACUUCCGCCAGGUCUGCUGUUACCCGAGGCAAAUCAAAGAGACUCUGUGAAUUUGGAGGAUGAUGAUUACAGUUCGGAUAGUUCCAUUGGGGGCCCUUCUCAACCACCACCACCAACAGAGCCACCGCCACCACAACAGCAACAUCAACAGCGGCAACAACACGAGGUGCGUCCCUUCAAUCGUCGUAGGAGACCACCAAGAGCUGCCUCGAAUUUUGAGGAGCGUGAUAUGGGUGCAAGCAGACGUAUUGCGGUUCAUCCUGAGAUGUAUCGUUAUUGCAACAAGCCUCCUCAGAAGAGCGUGUGGAACCAGGCGCUUGGAUUUUAUCCAUCGGAAUAUCUGCGUAUGGGUAUGGAGGGUAUGACUUCUGUGAAUCUGGAGGAUUUGGUGAAGUAUAGUUCUGCGGACAUUCUCUCCCGAGCGUGGCCAUUGCUUUCCGCUAACGCCAAAAAUUUGACAUUUGCCCCCUUUUCGCCCCUUCCAGAGCUUCCAGACAUACUGAAUGUGCGCCAUCCAGACACUGAUCAAGUGGCUCGUUUUAUGCGACUUACUGCCGUUGAAAUUACCCGACGUAACACACUUCCUUCUCUUGUUUUCCUUCGGUCAUUACUUGUACAAGCAGCUGUUAAUUCGAGGGUAAAGAAGAGAGAGGAUGCUUUUCUUUCCGUUCAAUUGUACUCUGAAGAGUUGCUACGCCCGAACUGGGAAGAUGAGUGUUCAGAAAAUGCUGAAAGUAUAGCUGACAACGAUAACGAUGACGCUGAAGGGUGGAAUUUGGGCAGCGUUGAUAUUCCUUUCAAUGAUGUCAACCACGUGGAUCCUCUUGAUUGGACCAUGGCUGUUCUGUAUGAAUCACUGAAACCUAAAAUACCACUACAAGUUCUUCGUUUACUUCACAGAGUUGUGGACAGCUGUGGAUUGAAUUCUUCGAGUACAACACUUUAUUCAUGGGGAAUUCAACAGUUGACACGGAUGCUUCUUAUUCAGACGGAAAAGGAGUCCUCAUCUGAGCGGGAAUGCAGCAACAGUCAAGACAACUUAUGGCUAAGAAGUGCAAUUUCACUUUUGUUUAAGGUUGUCUUGGCUUCCAAAAAAAUUGAAACACUUUUAUCUCUUUUUAGGUGGGUCUAUAGACAUUUAAAGAUUGCAGGUGAAUUAACAUUAAACGGAAUUGUUCCAUGGAUUACUUCCAUAGAGACAUUUGUGCGCCCACGAAUGCGUCUUUCCUUUCCUUUCUCUUGGGUGAAAUCAUAUAUCCCUUUGGCUCAUUCACUCGGGUUGGAGUUUUCCCGGAGCAUUCUUGGCGUUUGUGUUAUGCAGCACAAUGAUGAACCACACGGCAUUGUAUUGACAAGGAAUGGAAUUUACAAGAUCCCUUUAAAGCCGCCAUACAAUGUUCUUGUUAAGAAUGAAGACGUCCAUUUGAAGGAGUGUCACGGGGUGUUUAUUGAGAAUGACAAUAUUGCGGUACAGUCUGGGCGUGCUGGAGUUGUGACCUUUUAUGACGCAGAAACACUGCAGGUCCGUCAUGUGCUGGAUGUGUGCAGCGCCCGUUCACACGAAGAGUUUCAGGUAUACUAUGGAAUGGGAAAGUUUGUGUCACCGCAUUUUUAUCACGACGCCAAUUCACCUUUGUUUGCGAGUUUUGAUGCAUCAAUGAAAAUUAAAGGGACGGUAGAGCCGAAUGCUAUUCAAAUCGCACAGGGAACUCAGUCUCUCAGUGUUCAGUUCUUUUUGUAUAUUCAACCAACUUCACAAAGUACUUCUCUAGAGCUUAUUAACCUGAAUUUGUCAGGUAAGGACUGGCUUUCGGUACGAAUCGAAUUGGACGGCAGGAACUCAUGCGUGUGUAUUGUAUUUGAUUACUGUGGUGCUGUUGUUACAGAAAUUCAGGAGCCAAUGCAGGAUGGAUGGGCAUUUUGGGACGCCACUUUAAAUUCUUCGAACGAUUUAGCCUAUUGGAAUGUGUGUAAAGAUGGUGUGCUACUCGAAAGCAAUGGAAGUGAAGAUGUUAUGUUUAAACUCUCUGCUCCAACAGCAGCUUCCAUUCGAUUUUUGGAAGGGUCAUUUAGUGGGUUUAUCUCCGGGUUUCAAAUAUGGCACCGAUCUGAAUCCCUCAGCGAUCUUAUUGCUAGUGAAGCCGAAAGCUUUUCCCGCGCGUCUGAGACCAGCCUUUUGUGUUACUUUAAAAUGAAUGAGGGCUCUGGAUGCUGUUUCCGAAGUGAGAAAGGGAAUCAUGUUUGGAGGGGCACAGCACCAUCUUGGUGCGUGCCACAGAAAUCCGCACGUGGCAGAUCUGUAGAGGACUCGGAGGUGAUACCAUAUGUUCCUUCUGCCGAAUAUUAUGUUGUGACAAAUGAGUGCGAAAUGGCUAUAGUGGAAAAUGGAUUCUGCACGUGGGUAGGUGAGGACGGACGCAUAUUGGAGCAGCGUUUUUUGCAUGUGAGACCGAGUGAAUUGUAUUUCCUUUGCACACAUACCGGUCGAAUGUAUAGUAUUGUUUCCGACAAGAGCGGUCUUUGUAGUCUUCGCUGGAUUCAGGCACCAUCGGUUCCUACUAGUUAUGUAAACACUCUUCCAAGUAUGAAGGAUGGUGGAGCCGUAUGUGAAAAAAUACGUGUUUUUGCCAGGGAGAGGCGUCCGAUCACACCGGUGUUACUGUCACAUUACUUGCUGCACCAACUAUCCACCGCCCUGUUAAAUGACGUUGGAUGUGGGGUGGAUACUCGGCACACGGCGCAGUUGUUUAGGUGUAAUGAAGUCUCUCUUCAAAUGGUUUCUCGACUUGUUGAUAUUAGUGACGAGUUGAUGACAACCAUAGUUACUUCUGAUGUGAAGAAUAAUUUUCUCUUUCUAUUGCUCUCGGCAUGUGGUCGGUUACUGACGCGACAAAUAAGAUGGAUGGGGCGAGGUUGUCCUCCGAAAUUGGUUUCCACUGUGGUUAGUAUGUACGAAAGAAUUCAUGAGCAAUCGUGUGAUCCCGACAGUUUUUUAGCCGAGGUUCAGAGGGUUUUUGCAAGGCUUCAUCGUGUAUUUCUCAUUGAAUGCGUAAGUCAUGAUUAUCAGCUGCAGCGCAUUAUGGAGUCUAGAAGGCUCAAAGACGUCAAGGACCUGCUUGUCCCAGAGUACUUGCCUUCAUUGGUGUCGAGUGUCAUUGAAAAGGAUCUCAAGAAGCCGUUCAUGACGUUUCUCAAUCGCCUGAAGGAAGAGUGUCUGGCAGAGACCGAGUCUGUACUCAGUGGUCAAAGGACACCUUUUAGACCCUCAACGGCAACGCUGGCAACACUGCUUGGUAUACUUUCACAAGAGACAAACUCCCAAUGGCACUUAGUCUCCAUUGCACUAGUUAACUCUUUAUGUAAGGGAGUUUUACGCAUUUUUAAUCGUCUUUUUCCUCCGACGUUGCCUGGAAAAAAACGAACACUCGAGGAACUUGAAAUGUUGAAGCAGACUUCUAUUGGCAUUGUUGUAUUCCCCAUCGCUCACUUUCUCUCCAAUCUUGAGAUUGAUAGCAGUGUGGUUUUGGAUGUACUAACAUUGCUCAACGAAAUCCGAGAAGCACUCGCCUCAUAUAUUCCUUCUGUAUCACCGCAACCUGUUAGUCACUGUUUCUCCGAGACUCAUAGAGUAUUUGCCCCAGCAGCCACAGCACACACAACUGUACUUGAUUUGCGCCAUGCCCGGCAUAUUGAAGUCUCAUACGAACAAGCACAAACUGAAGAACUUCCACAAGUACACAUUUCGAUUGUGACAAAUGAAUUUAGGAGGGUAUCAGAAACGUUAAAUACGAAUUGUGUGGCGUUUAACUCAGGAGGUAAACUAGAAAUCACUUCUAUACCUACAGGCCAAAAUAAGGAGAUGACACUCACUGUGAAUGCUCAAGUGAGAAUUCAGACUCAAUCAACACACUGGAUUCGAGAUAUGUGUUUUGCGUUGAGUCAAGCCAUCCUCCGUAUUACGCAUCAACUGCUACUGACUGACUUUCCUGAUUCUAUUCUCCUUCCAAGGGAAAGCUUGUUUCGCGGUGGACUCUCACAGGAGGUACUUAAGCAAUAUCGUGUCAGCUCUACUGUAGAAGAGCGUCUUUUGGAUAAUUCUGACUUGAUGGAGCUUAUUCGGUUGUGUGAGGGAACAGGUGAGCUUUUUCCAGUGUGGCAAACCAUGUACAGUAAGAAGCGAAUACCUCAUCAAGGACGCCUGGAACCCAUUUUGCGUUCAUUUUGUGCUGCACAUGCAUGGCAUUUACAUCGUCCCAAAAGUGUUCCUCUUGCCAAAUUUUUAGAGGAGUCGCUUGAGUUUAUGCGCAAAAGGGCAUUUCUUAUAUUGGAGGCCUUGCAGCAGGGAACUAAAGAUGCCAUGUUGGAGCGGUCUCAAUUCUUGUUAAAAAUGGUGAACCCUCGUGCUAGGCUUGAGUCGAUUAUUGCCGAGUAUCAACAGACUGAGGAACCGAUUACGAGUGAAUCUUUAUCUGUGAGCAGGGGUGUGAUGCCAAGUGUUAGAUCCGUUGCAAGUGUUGCUUCUUUCUCUCGCGAUCAUACGGGGAGUCGAAGUGCCAGUUUUAUGAGGCGUUUUGCUACUGGUACGUCGGAUUUCUCAAAUUUUCAGUAUGAUACUGCGGGGAGUAUUUUUCGACCGCUUAAUUCUUUAUUGGGUGUUGCGGCUAGACGUGAUGGUAUGCAAGGUACUCCGGAAAACACUUCCUCACAGAUUUUAAAUUUUCUUCUUCGAGGAUACAAUGAAAUGAGUAAUGACGAACUUAUACGUGCGCUCGUUAAAAAGGCUCAGCAAGCAACGAUUCACACGGCUGCGUAUAGACUACAAGAGGAGUUAUGUGCUGCCCAUCAAUCGGAUGAGGGCAUGACAUCCUCAAUAGUCACUUUGCAUCUCCUUUACAGAGAGCUGGCACAUCUUCAAUAUGAUGGAUACACAAAGAGGGACACAAAUGGUGGAGAUGGUCCCAAGUCCGUCAGCUCAGAUGGGCAUUCUCGCGCGGAGUCCAUGGAACAUCACUACAUUGAGCUUAUGAUUGGCUGUGGAUUUCAUAGGGAGCUCGAGUUACAGAAGGCAUCUUGUGGGUUUCUUCACUCCAUUAUUCAACAAAGUUUAUUGAAUGAUACUGGAAGUGGAAAUUGCAUUAAGCAAGAAGGCGAUGUUGGACCCAUUUCCCUGUGUGCGAUACUUUGUCAUCCAUGGGAUAAUGUGGAUAUGUCCAUCAUUCACCCUGCAAAGAUUUUUCGGGUUUUGAAAAAAUAUAUGUUUUGGGGUCUUCAUGAUCAACCAUCAUCCUCAACAGGAAAUCCCGCGGAAAAAGAUGCCUGGUUGGAUUUUUUAAAGGAAUGUGGUAUUUUCAGCUUAUUGUACCGGGCCGUUAUAAUACCUAAUACGUUUCAGUCUUCUGUUGAGAAAGUCAACAUUGUGGAGGGUGACACCAUUGGAGUUCAGGUUGAGGACUCGGAUGUUUCUUGUUUAGCACGUAAUCAUUGGAAAGCUCUAAAGGCAGAGACCUACAUGAAUCAUACAUACACUGAAAGGGAUUUAUUUACAGGUUUACUGAGUGGAUGUGUUGUGACGGAGAUGCCACAUGCUCUUUAUUUUGAGGUGAACUUGGAGCUUCUUUUCAAAGAGGGACUUUUUUUAUCCAUUGGACUUACUAGUUCUCCACUUUCUUCAUCUAUGCAAGUUGGUAAGGAAAAUUCCGUCGUGUUUUCUUCAGAUGGCAUGGUUUCAUACGGCAGGUCUACCCAUCGUUUUAGCACUAACUGGUUAGUGGGAGAUGUGAUUGGCUGUGGUGUAAUGGCACCUUUUAAUAGUGUAUUCUUUACUCGAAAUGGGGAGUUUUUGGGGAUUGCCACGGACUGUUCCUUCCCAACGAUGAUCCCUCUUGUUGCGGCUCAAGCUUCAACUAGUCUUGUUAAGCUUGUUGUUAAUUUUGGGAAGCACAGCCCUUUCCGGUUUGAUCUUGCAUCAUUGCAUGGUUCUUGUCGAGCGCGCCUAAACUCGAAUCCCAUGAUUGGUGACAGUGCAUUUCUGACGUCCCACUACCUGGUGACGCUUUGCUAUAAAAAUCUACUACGUCAUGAAAAAAACGAAUCAACAAUAAAUGAGGAUUCCGUUUGCGCUCUAUUGGAAGAGGCAACCAUCUUUCUUCGUGAGACGGUUGUGGAAUUGGUACGUCGAAUUCGGCACUUCUCUAUGGAGAGUGCUUCAUCUUGGGCACCAAGAUCUCGACGCGUUCAGGAUGGUAACGCGUUGCUAGCACGAUUGUUUCGCACGGUAAAUGUUGUCAUUGAUUGUUUUCAGUUUAAUGCUGUGACAAGUACAACACACCUGGAGAUCCUGCGGCUUUGUUCAGUGACGUUAAUCGACGCGCAUGAUCGUUGGGCCAAGGUUCGUGCUGCUCGGUGUUUGAGAAAUACAGCUCGAACACUUCGACAGGAUUACUUUGGAGAGGCUGUUCAGGCGUUGCGACGUUUUGUGACACAAGAUAUACUUGUGAACUCCCUUGUGGACCUUGCACGCACGAAAUUAUUUCGAGAGAAUGAGACACCCGCAUUUGUUCCUCGAUGGCUCGGAGGGGCAACUACAGUGAUGGGGAAGGGGGCUUUCUAUGGUUCUUCACCUAUGCCAGCUCGAGGAAGGCAUAUGAUUGGUUUUCGGAUCCGCCGACGCCAGCAGGAGGGUCGGGGAGUAGGUGCGCCAUUAGGUGGAUGCUACUACGUGGGUCUUACUCACGGACAUCCACCUGUUUCAAACAUGACAAGUCUCAUCAGUCGGGACGAUGUCUAUGUAUUACAAGACACAGAUGAUCAAGAUCAAGUGCCACAUCUUCUUUUGCGUCGUCAUUGUAUUCCUAGAAGUAGUCAGCGCCGAAUAUAUGGAAAUGAUGAAAUUGUGUGGUUGGAGCUAAAUGCCGACGUGGGAGAGAUUACAUAUUAUCGGGAUAAGAUGGUGCUCA